AUAACCCCCGCCCAUCCGGCUCCAGUACGAGUCAGAGCCCCGGCAGGACGGUCGGGGAGGAUUAACCUGUUUGACCCUACUGUAGCGCCCCGCCGGCGUUCUCCUCCGCAACCUCGCUCAUCGGAUGUCGGCCCGGCCCCAUAUUUGGCCAACAUCCAGGAUAGCGGAAACAGAUUCGCCCACUUGAAGAAGUUACAAGGCCCGGAGGUAACCCAAGCACCUUUCAAAAUCCCACCACUUUUCCCAUAUGAGAGGUCUGUAGUGUACCUCCUCGUCCCCCCUACCACCAAACAAUUGAGGUACGCAAAGUCCGUGACUUUGAGUGCGACCACAAUUGCCGGUGACGAGCUCUCACUUUCAAUUCCAAUCACUCACAUCAAGCAGCCGGGAGAGACUGUGCACCAACUCGCCGCUAGGAUGUUAUUACGUGAUUUAGAAGAGGGUAGAAGCUGGCUUCAUUCUGAUAAAUGCGGUGUUCUAGGAGGAGAUCCGGCGCGAGUUCAGGAGUACGUCCAGAGAGAAGGUGAAGAGGUUGGCAUGAGGUGGUCACUGGCGAGUAAAUGGACCAGCUUUAUAGGUGUGGAAGAGGAGAUUAUGGACGUGCCCCCGAUCCGGACCCCCGCGCCACCCGAGGGAGAUCUAUCAGCAUUGUCAGAGGGCAGAUCUUCCGCUCCCUUUACACCUAGUAUACCGGCCGAAACUAGUGCAGAGAGUGAAGACAUCGUGACCGCCAGCACAUCCACCUCCUCUUCCAGAUUCGAUGGUAUCCCCUUGCCAGGGUCUAAUCUUACGCAUUCAGUUCCCGUAACGAUAGGUUCUGAAUCUCUGCCGCGUGUUCUAAGGGGGGCUCUAGUGGUGAACAGUGGAGUUGAUACAAUGAGUCGCCUUCUGGCUCCGAGGGAUACGCCUGAUCCCACACAUCCGAUAUGGGGCCGCUCGGAGCCUCUCUUCUAUAGGAGACCACAGUGUGGGGUGGUUCCCUCUCAAGGAAAUUCAUAUCCCUGCUCCGCGCCCACGGGACCCUAUCCCCCAGCCCCCCCUAACCCAGGCCUUCCUGCCUCCCAUUCAUCUGCCGCCGCCACCGAUAUGGCCCUCCACUCCCUUCCCCGCAAGUCCCACAGCAAGUCCGACCGCAAGUCCCACCGCAAGUCCCACCUCAAGUCCCACCGCAAGUCCCACCGUAGGCCGGCGCCAGACCGAACACCCAUCGGACCUUUAAUUAACAUCUACAGACUGAUUGCAGCCCAGAAAUUUGACGGCAGCUUCCACAUCGCAGACGAGUACGUGGCUGAACUUCUGGGUUCCCGGAUGGAUUCGGCGCCCCAGGCAUGCGGCGGGGAUAAAGUCGCUUGGGCUUCGUUGCUCGUUGCAGUGCUCUUGGAGGGAAAGUAUGCUUGUCUGAGAGAUGUAUGGGAGUUGGUCGUUAGGAAGAUUUGGGUAUUUUUGAGUAGUAGGGAAGGUGUGAGGGUGGAAGAAGCGAAAGUGAUGGCGGAGGAACUUGUUGCUGGGUGGGAGUAG